CUCUGCACUAGAAAAGCUACUGGUUUGGAGUUGGCUUCCUUUAUUUAUUUUUUUUCGUUGGUUUCUACUUUGAUAAGUUGAAUUGAGUAAUAAGAUUAAAAUUCUUGAAUUGAUAUUGGUUUUGUUAAUAAUAGUUAUUUAAAGUUGGUGUUGCACUUGGUCAUAUAUGGCUACUGAUGCGAUUGGUGUGAAUGCUAAUCUGAUGACAAAAUGUUUAGGCUUUGUUUGUAGUUAACUACAUUCACUAUAUAUUUUGAUGUUGUUUGAACUUUAUGGUGAAAUAUGCGAACGCCUAACGAGUGCUUCCGACAUGAAAGAAAAUCAGGCAAUGGAGUAUUCGUCGAUCGUAAUGUUCUGAUUGUUGGAUUUGAUAUUGAUCCUGAUGGCAAUAAUUAUUGAUGGAUAAAACAUACAUGAGAAGACUAUUGGGCAAAUGGAGGCUACGACAAAAUAAUAAGACAAUCGAGCACGAGUAACAACUAUUCCUUGUUUAGUAGCACAUAUUAUCCUAUUAUUUAUACAGUUUUUUUAUACAAUAUAGUAUAGAUAUCAAAUCCAAUAAUCUGAACAACAUGCAUUAGCGAAUACUCGAGUGCCUUCUUCUCUUUCAUAUUGGAAGCACUUGUUCGGUCUUUGUAUAUUUCAUCAUAGAGUUCAAAAAUCAUUACAUUAUAUAGUGAGUUUAGUUCUCUAAAAAGGGAGAAAGAACAAUGUGGGAGGAGAAAACCAAUGGCCCCUAGAGAAAAAGAAAGCAAGUGGGGGAAAAAAGAUAUGGUGAAAAAGAUCCUCAUACAACAAAAGGUCAAAACUUCCAAAUUUGUAUAAUACAACUAGAAACAAAGUAUAAAUAUUAUGUUAUCAGAUUGGCAAUCACAUCAGUAGCCAAUAUGACCAAAUGCAAGACCAACUUCAAACAAAUUUUACUAACAAAAUAGUAUGAAUUGAAGCAUUUUAAUCUUAUAACUCAAUUCAAAUAAUCAAAGCAGAAACCAACAACAAAAAAUAAUUAAAUAAAACAAGCAUAUUCUUUAAUGCAGGUUCAACACCAGUAUCUCCAAAACAGUAGCUUUUCUACUGCAGAAUCAGUGCCACUAAACUUAAACUACAUAUUAUAUCAAGUAAAGUUAUAAAAAUAAUUACAUUCUUCAAUUGUUUGAGCUCCUCUGUCAUUUUCCAUCUCCUCCACAACCAGUUGUUGCCGAACAAUCUCUAUUAACUCUAUUUCAAUGACGUCCCACAUUUCUUUAAAAUUACUAAUAAAUAUAGUGUUUUCUUCUAUUAAUUAAAUUGAUAAAACAUUAGUUAAGAAAAGAAUGAGAUCUUAGUUACAAAGAAUGUAUGAAGUUGUAAAAUACUAGUGCAUACUAUAAUUAUUUACAGAAUAUCUGAUUGUGUUUUCUGGGUUUUGGCUCCUUGGACUUUCCCACGAAUGGAUAGUUCCUCUCAAGAAGCACACAUGCUGCGCAUGUCUAAACACCUUAUUUAGGUCAUUGAUGGAGUGGUUUGGUUUGAAUGAUGGUGGAGCACGGAAUUAGCAAAAUCUUGGGCUGACACUUGAACAUAUAGCUCAGGAUUUGGUUUUGCAAUGUUGUAUGCAGCUUCGAUUGAUGCGGAUACAGAAAUAGCCCAACAUUUGUCUUUAAUAACAAAGUAUAUGCAAAGUAAUUAGUUGUUGUUUGCUUUUUUUAAAUUCUCUUUGUAUUUCUACAAAGUGCUGAGUAUAUAAUUAGAAGUUUACUUUUAAUUUGAAGCCUCAUUGGGCUAACCAAUUUGCUUUGUCCUCGCCAAUCAAUAAAUGGCUUUUCGCCAGGACCCAUAUCCUAAUAUAAAGUAAUGUUUAAUUCAAAUAUAAAUCAAUGCUCCCAUGUUUUUACGAAUAACAGAGUAGUAUUUGUGUAUUUUUAGAACACUUUAAAAAAGAGAGCAGAAAGGGUAAGCUUACUCUUUCCACUUGGAAAAAUAGAGAUGGCUAAAGCAAAAUAAUAAACAAUUAUAUUAGUAUUAUUUUAAAACAUUCCGACUUUAAUUCUAAUGAUGUCUCUAUCUCAAGGUUAAAGUAGGGAAAGAGAGUAGUAUUUGUUUAUUUUCUAUUGAAUUUUAAUCGGUUGACCCAUACUAAACAAAUUUUGCCCAAAACUCUCUGCUAUCCUGAUACAGCAUAAGGGAGAGCCACGCUCUAAAAGCUAGCUGUUAAGGUGGGAGAAUCAUUGGCUAUAUAAACCCAUCACCAAGUUCCCCAUUUAACCAGUGUGGGACAAUGAAAUCAGUCCGUAUCAUAUCCUCAAAUCCCAAAUCUCUACGGUUUUCUCCUGCGGUCCCUUGAACAUUCUGAAAAAUGGAAUUGGCUUCGGACGAGAAGGAUUUUAGGUUCACCUCUCAUUCCCCCACUUGGGAUGACGCAGAACCCGAGCUGAAGAAGCAGAGGCUAGGUGGAAAAAGCGAUGGAAUCGGCAGCGGUAGCAACAGUAAUGGAAGCAGUGGAGACAGCAACAACAAUGGAAGCGGAGUCACCAACGUCUUCAUUGGCAACAAUCAGGAUGAUGUCUACUUUGAGGAAUACAAGUAUAUGCUAUUAUCUCGGCUUUGUUCCGGCCUUUCCACUUUGGACAGGGCCUAGACCUAUCAAUUUCACCAAAGAAGAUGAUCGAGAUAGUUAUGAAACACAAAUUAUGAGGUGCAUCGAGGUUGCUCUAGGAAAGCUAAAAGUCUGUUUGUUUGUGUUCAUCCACCUCUCUUUCCUUCGCUUAAUUGUUUGGUUGCUUAUUUACCUUCCCAUUAAUUAGGAGAAACUGCAACUGGUUGGCAUAGUGAGGGCCAAUUACUCUUUUGGCUAUGGCUUUGUGUAUUGGAUAACUAUGGAUGUCAAGAACAAAAAUACAGGCGAAAUCAAAACUUGCAUAUGUAAAGUCCACCAUGGAAUUAAGGCAGGAGACGAGGAUGAUAUGAUUGUGUUGAACAUUUCAAGUUUAUCCCUUCAAACCUUAAAUAUCCAUCUGCAAGGAGCAUUUUUGAAUGAACAAGAUUCAAGUCUUCUGGAUCCUGCUUGAAUCUAGAGCCACUGUAGAUAUUGUUGGCAUGAGAUGAGGUUUUUGACUUAUUGAACUGUAUUUUGCAACCUUGUUGCUCAUGUCAUAUGCAAGAAGUACAUUGAAUAACAAGCAUCAAGAACUUUCAAUACUGCUUGAAUCUUGAGGCAUCAUUGAUAUUAUUUGCAUGAGAUGAGCUCUUGAGUAAUUGCACCAUAUAGGUGUAGUGUUAUUUUCUUCGAUAUUCAGACGUUUUACUCGAUUCUCCAGAGAAAGAGGUGAGAAUUUUUCCAAUCUUGCAUAUGGGUUUUCAAAAUGUAGUGUUGGAUAUUACUCUGUAUGCAAGAGGAACUUCACCAUAAUGUUUCCCUUCCUUAUAUAUCCUCCAACUCUCUUCCACAGAGAGAAAGAAAAGAAGACUAUCUGUAAAGCCCAUGUUUGGGCACUAAAGCUUCUUUGGCUGCCUUUUUUUGAAAGGCUCUCCAUCUCCAUUUGACCUUGUCCAGGUCCUGCCCUGGGCACUAGGCCCUUACUGCCGUACUGUGUCCCAUGCUAAGUGCUUCUAUCAAGUAACCAAAAGCAAGGGUUUUUUAUGCAGAUUUUUAUCUAACUGGUCUUAUUUUUAUCUGUUUUGGCUUUGUUAUAGUAGAUGAGUUCUUCACCGACUCCAUCCUUGGGUCAGCAGGACCUCAAUCGGUUGAAAAAAAUCCCUAGUGAUGAUGGAAUGUAAGGGUACCCUCUAAAUACCAAAGAAUUAGUGGUUCAGAACUAUGAUCACAGAGAGAUGACAAUGCAUAGAGACCAUUUCUUACCGGGCUUUGCUGUCCCGAAGCUUGUUGUUUAACUAUUUAGACAUUAUUAUUAUAGCUUUCAGAGCAGGUAAUUCGUGUUUCCGCUGAAUAUAUCUUCCAAACUAAGAUAUAAUUUAGGUUUGUAUUCAAACCGUUUCAGCUUGAGCUGCGAUCUGAUUCUGCAAUGUUGUAUUCCGCUCAUACGAAACACGACGAUGCUCAUGAGCCCAG